GGCGGCCGGAGCGAGCGCGGCGCAGCGCCGGGACCCGGACUGGGGGUGGGGAGGCGAGCCCCGGCCGAGGCGAGGGCCACCCCCCGGUCCUCUGCCCGAGCGCCCCGCCAGGGCCAGGAGAUUUUUGACCAAUUUGGUUGUUUAAAAAAAAAAAAAGGCAUAUGACUGGAAGCCCUGGAUUCUACUACCGGCCUUGCCAUUUAGUACUUCUGUAACCUUGAGUCCAAAAAAGCUUUAAACAAGUAAAAUCUAGACGGCAGGCUCCCUGAAGUGUUGACAGCCCAACUUAAUCAUGAACGUGAUUCAAAAAUGUUAAUAAAUAAACCAAGGUGGUGUAGACCAUGGGGAAUUCAUAUGCUGGGCAACUGAAAUCUGCUCAAUUCGAGGAAGCUCUCCACAACUCCAUAGAAGCCUCUCUCAGAUGUAGUAGUGUGGUACCACGGCCAAUUUUUUCCCAGCUGUACUUGGACCCUGACCAGCAUCCUUUCUCAUCUGCAGAUGUAAAACCCAAAGUGGAGGAUCUGGAUAAGGAUUUGGUACACCGCUAUACUCAAAAUGGAAGCCUGGAUUUUUCUAACAAUCUAACAGUUAAUGAAAUGGAAGAUGACGAAGAUGAUGAAGAAAUGUCUGAUUCAAAUAGCCCACCAAUUCCCUAUUCACAAAAACCUGCCCCAGAAGGGUCUUGCACUACAGAUGGUUUUUGUCAAGCGGGAAAGGAUUUGCGUUUGGUAUCUCUGUGUAUGGAACAAAUUGACAUCCCAGCAGGAUUCCUCCUGGUGGGGGCCAAGUCUCCCAAUCUUCCUGAACACAUUCUAGUGUGUGCUGUAGACAAGCGAUUUCUACCAGAUGAUCAUGGGAAAAAUGCACUUUUAGGGUUUUCUGGAAACUGUAUUGGCUGUGGAGAAAGAGGAUUUCGAUAUUUCACAGAAUUUUCCAACCAUAUUAACUUGAAACUCACCACCCAGCCAAAGAAGCAGAAGCACUUAAAGUACUACCUAGUCAGAAGCUCCCAGGGUGUAUUGUCAAAAGGACCUCUUAUCUGCUGGAAAGAAUGUAGAAGCCGACAAUCCUCUGCUACUUGCCACUCUAUGAAACCAAACUCUUCAGGAUCAUCCACUGUGACACCAGAAAAUGGCACAACUAAUGGAUAUAAAUCAGGAUUCAUUCAGACAGAUUCACCGAUUCUCAGUUCAGCUAAUUCUGCAAUCAAUUUAAGUGGAGCUCAGGACCUGACCCGGAAUAAGAAUGUUGUGAAACCACUGGCUUUAUCUUUGCAGGUUGUAGGGAAGACUUUUGCUGCAGAUGCUGCUAAUGGAAACAGUAGCCAUGGAGGGAAGAGCAGUGCAUCCAGCUCCACUCCAGCCCGCCCAGGGAAUUACUCUUUGUCACCAAGACCUAGCUAUGCAUCAGGAGACCAAGCUACCAUGUUCAUUUCUGGGCCACCAAAGAAACGACACCGGGGAUGGUAUCCUGGGUCACCUGUCCCACAACCUGGUUUAGUUGUACCUGUUCCUACAGUUCGCCCUCUUUCAAGAACUGAGUCCCUUUUAUCUGCCCCCGUUCCACAGACUCCACUAACUGGAAUUUUACAACCUCGACCCAUUCCUGCAGGGGAAACUGUAAUUGUUCCUGAAAACCUGCUGAGUAACUCAGGAGUUAGACCAGUAAUUCUGAUAGGCUAUGGCACUUUACCCUAUUUCUAUGGAAAUGUUGGUGACAUUGUUGUGAGUCCUCUGCUGGUGAAUUGCUACAAGAUUCCACAGUUGGAAAACAAAGAUUUGGAACAUUUAGGGUUGACUGGCAGCCAACUCCUGAGCGUGGAAAACAUGAUUCUUCUGACCAUACAGUAUCUUGUACGGCUAGGUCCUGAUCAGAUACCUCUCAGGGAAGAAUUUGAACAAAUCAUGCUGAAAGCUAUGCAGGAAUUUACUCUGAGAGAGCGAGCCCUGCAGAUGGGUGCUCAGUGUACACCUGUGUCACCAGGACAACUCCCCUGGCUUGCUAGACUAGUCGCCAGCGUAUCUCAAGACUUGGUUCAUGUGAUUGUGACCCAAAACUCUUUGGCGGAGGGCAUAUCAGAGACAUUGAGGACUCUCAGUGAAAUGAGACACUAUCAGAGACUACCAGAUUAUGUUGUGGCGAUAUGUGCAUCAAAAAUCAGAGGAAACGAAUUUUGUGUGGUAGUAUUAGGUCAGCAUCAGUCCAGAGCUCUGGCAGAGAGCAUGCUAACCACAAGUGAGUUUUUGAAAGAAAUUAGUUAUGAACUCAUCACAGGAAAGGUCAGUUUCCUGGCAUCACAUUUCAAAACCACAUCAUUAGGCGAUGAUCUGGACAAGCUGCUAGACAAAAUGCAACAAAGAAGAGGAGAAAGUGUGGUUACCCCUUUCAAUGGAGAUCUUAACGAGUGUGUGUCAGCUCAGGAGGCUGCCGCUAUGAUCCCCACGCAAAACCUGGAUUUAGAUAAUGAAACCUUCCAAAUUUAUCAACCACAGCUAACGGUUGCCAGAAAACUCUUAUCCCAGGUGUGUGCUAUAGCAGAUAGCGGCAGUCAGAGCCUGGACCUCGGCCACUUCAGCAAAGUGGACUUCAUCAUCAUUGUCCCAAGAUCAGAGGUUCUGGUCCAGCAAACUCUUCAACGGAUUCGACAAUCAGGUGUCCUUGUAGACUUGGGUCUGGAGGAAAAUGGGACAGCUUAUCAGAGAGCAGAGAAAUAUGUUGUUCGUCUAGACAAUGAGAUUCAAACCAAGUUUGAAGUUUUUAUGAGAAGGGUAAAACAGAACCCGUACACACUGUUUGUACUGGUUCAUGACAACUCCCAUGUGGAACUAACGAGUGUCAUUUCCGGUUCUUUGUCACAUGGUGAACCCAGUCAUGGUUUGGCUGACAGAGUCAUUAACUGCAGAGAAGUCCUGGAAGCUUUCAACCUGCUGGUGCUCCAGGUUAGCUCCUUCCCAUACACGCUACAGACCCAACAGUCUCGAAUCAGCUCCAGCAAUGAGGUUCACUGGAUACAGCUGGACAGCAUGGAGGACAUGAGCUGCCAAGAGAAGCUGUACUUCGGCUUGAACGAAUACAGUAAGUCUCUACAGUGGGGAAUCACAAGCCCACUUCUGAGAUGUGAUGAGACUUUUGAAAAAAUGGUGAACACACUCUUGGAGAGGUACCCCAGGCUGCACAGCAUGGUCGUCCGCUGCUACCUUCUCAUCCAACAGUACUCAGAAGCUCUGAUGGCUCUCACUACUAUGGCGUCACUCCGAGACCACAGCACACCUGAAACACUCAGCAUUAUGGAUGACCUCAUCAGCUCCCCAGGAAAAACCCGAAGUGGGAGGGGACACAUGCUCAUUAUCAGGGUGCCCUCCGUGCAGUUGGCGAUGCUGGCCAAGGAGCGCCUGCAGGAAGUGCGCGACAAGCUGGGGCUACAGUAUCGCUUUGAGAUCAUCCUUGGGAACCCUGCCUCUGAACUCAGUGUUGCAACUCACUUUGUGGCUCGAUUAAAGACCUGGAGAGGAAAUGAACCAGAAGAGUGGACCCCUCGGACAUACCAGGAUUUAGAAGGUCUGCCUUGUAUUGUGAUAUUAACUGGCAAAGAUCCUCUUGGAGAAACCUUUCCCAGGUCUUUGAAGUACUGUGACCUCCGGCUCAUCGACUCAAGCUAUUUAACUCGCACAGCCUUGGAGCAGGAGGUGGGUCUAGCAUGCUGCUAUGUCUCAAAAGAGGUCAUCCGGGGCCCCGCGGUUGCCCUGGACCUUAGUGGGAAGGAGCAGGAGAGAGCCACCACCAGUGAAAACGAUGCCGAUGAGCUGCUGAUCGACUUGGAGAGGCCACAGAGCAACAGCAGCGCUGUCACUGGAACCUCAGGCUCCAUCAUGGAGAACGGGGUGAGCUCCUCGAGCACGGCCGACAAGUCCCAGAAGCUGUCCCUGACGCCCGGCUUCCAGAGCCCGGCCAACAGCGUGGGGCUGGACGAAGGGGUGUCCGCGGGCACAGCGGGCGCCGGGGAGACGCUGAAGCAGGAGUGCGACUCCCUGGGCCCGCAGCUGGCCAGCAGCUCCACCUCCAAGCCGCCGCCGCCGUCGUCGGGCGCCCGCGCGCUGCCGUGGCCGGGACAGGCGCCCCGCGGCUGCCGGGGCCUGCACGCCGCCCUGCCGCCCGUCGUGAUCCUGUCCAAGGCGGCCUACAGCCUGCUGGGCGCGCCGCGGGGAGGCAAGCCGCCCGCGUCCUCCUCGCUGCUGCCGCACGCCGACGUGGCCUGGGUGAGCGCCCUGCGGCCGCUGCUGCACAAGGACAUGAGCAGCGAGGAGCAGUCCCUCUACUACCGGCAGUGGACCUCGGCCCGGCAGCACCACGCCGACUUCAGCAACCAGCCCGACCCGGCCUCGGGCGCGCGCACCUGCCACCCCCGGCGGCUGCUGCUCACCGGCCCCCCCCAGGUGGGAAAGACCGGCUCCUAUUUACAGUUCCUUAGGAUCCUCUUCCGCAUGCUCAUCAGGCUCCUGGAGGUGGAUGUGUAUGAUGAGGGGGAGAUCAACACGGAUCACAGCGAAAGCAGUGAAGUCAGCCAGUCAGAGGGGGAGCCCUGGCCAGACAUCGAGAGCUUCAGUAAAAUGCCCUUUGACGUCAGUGUGCACGAUCCCAAGUACAGUUUGAUGAGCCUGGUGUAUACAGAGAAGCUGGCAGGAGUCAAACAAGAAGCAAUAAAGGAUUCCAAAGCCGAGGAGCCCAGGAAACGAGGAACCAUGUCCAUGAUGCUGACCAAGUAUGCGGCCUACAACACUUUCCACCACUGCGAGCAGUGCCACCAGUACAUGGACUUCACCUCUGCUGCCCAGAUGUCUGACUCCACCCUUCAUGCAUUCACAUUCUCUUCCUCUAUGCUGGGAGAGGAGGUGCAGCUCUAUUUCAUCAUUCCCAAAUCCAAAGAGAGUCAUUUUGUCUUCAGCAAGCAGGGCAAACACCUGGAGAGCAUGCGGCUGCCGCUGGUUUCAGACAAGAAUUUGAAUGCAGUCAAGAGCCCUAUUUUCACUCCUUCCAGUGGUCGCCAUGAGCAUGGACUCCUAAACCUUUUUCACGCCAUGGAGGGCAUCAGCCACUUGCAUCUUCUGGUGGUCAAAGAAUAUGAGAUGCCACUGUACCGCAAGUACUGGCCCAACCACAUCAUGCUGGUGCUUCCUGGCAUGUUCAAUAACGCAGGCGUGGGUGCUGCCAGGUUUCUCAUUAAGGAGCUGUCCUAUCACAAUCUGGAACUGGAGAGGAACCGCCUGGAAGAACUGGGAGUUAAGCGCCAGUGUGUCUGGCCUUUCAUCGUUGUGAUGGACGACUCCUGUGUUCUGUGGAACAUUCACAGUGUUCAAGAUCAGAGCAGCCAGCCCAUGGAAGCAGGAGUUUCCAGUAAGAAUGUGUCCUUGAAGAGUGUCUUGCAGCAUAUUGAAGCAACACCAAAAAUCAUCCACUAUGCAAUCCUGGGCAUACAGAAAUGGAGCAGCAAGCUGACUUCUCAGAGCCUAAAAGCCCCAUUUUCUAGGUGCCAUGUGCAUGACUUUAUUCUCCUUAACAUAGACCUGACUCAGAAUGUGCAGUAUGACUUUAACAGGUAUUUCUGUGAAGAUGUUGACUUUAACCUGAGAACAAAUAGUAGUGGGCUGCUCAUCUGCCGCUUUAAUAACUUCAGUCUCAUGAAGAAACAUGUUCAGGUUGGAGGGCAAAGGGACUUUAUCAUUAAACCAAAGAUCAUGGUGUCUGAGAGUUUAGCACCCAUCUUGCCCCUUCAGUAUGUCUGUGCUCCCGACAGUGAACACACACUGCUGGCAGCCCCUGCACAGUUUCUCCUGGAGAAAUUCCUUCAGCACGCAUCCUACAAACUCUUCCCCAAAGCCAUCCAUAACUUCAAGAGUCCUGUGUUGGCCAUUGACUGCUACCUUAACAUUGGACCAGAGGUGGCCAUAUGCUACGUCAGCUCCAGACCCCACUCCAGCAAUGUCAGCUGUGAAGGGGUGUUUUUCAGUGGACUUCUCUUGUACCUCUGUGACUCUUUUGUAGGUGCUGAUCUUCUGAAGAAAUUUAAUUUUCUAAAAGGUGCUACCCUGUGUGUCAUCUGCCAAGACAGAAGCUCCUUACGCCAAACAAUUGUCCGCUUAGAGCUAGAGGAUGAGUGGCAGUUCCGCCUCCGGGACGAGUUUCAAACCGCUAACAGCAGCGACGACAAGCCCCUCUACUUUCUUACUGGCCGCCAUGUAUGAGCUUUUGAAAAGACCAAAAAUAGCAAAGGGAUGCCUAGGUAGGGUGGGGCAGAAACAAUUAUUUGGGAUUUUUUUUUCCUUUAAAGUACAAUCACUGUGGAGCAAAGUGCAACAUAUUUGUUCUCCAAAGAAAUCCGCCCCCUCCAACCCCAAUCUGACCCAGGUCUUUCGGGGUAUCACUCUCCUUUAGUUCCACUGUCAGGACCUUAUAUUCAGGUUAACUCCACCCUAGGCAGUUAUGCAAUUACUUAAGACAUGGUCUGCCACAGGAGCCUGAGGAGGAUACACUUUGGAGAACGAACAUGGAGUUUGCAUUGUUUUUUCUACUACACUAUGUUAGGGGGAAAACGGACUCUUGGCAUUAGCUAGCCUGAAUGUGUUACAUGAGACUCACACCGCUGGUGUGGAAUUAAUUGAAGAUUAACGUUUGAGGCCUGAACCCUCAGUUUCUCUUCAGAUCUGUACUUUGGUACAGUAUUACUCAGGGGUCUGAAAUGAUAGAAUGUAGAAGAUAUUUGUAUUUAAAAAAAAGUAGCUUUGUCUUUCUCUGUGCAGUGUUAGUUUAAGAUUUAUAAUCUUAUAUGUAUUGAAACUUUUGGCAAAAUUUCCACAGGAGUUAAAAGUUUACUAUUUAAACCGAACAAACAAAUCAGUAAAUGCAGAGCAGGCACUGUAUGCAUUUAUGCAGUUUCUCCUUGCCGAAAUUCCUUUGCUUUUUUCAUUCUUUAAAAAUGUCUCCAGCCUCUAAGCACACUAUGUCUGUGAGAACAUGGAACAGUUUAAUCUUGUACAAGGGUAACCUAAUUCAGUAAUUGACCAAUUAAGAAGCUUUUAGCAGUCAUCCCAAUACCCACCCUGUUUGGUUGGCAUUAAGCAGUUGGCACCAGCAAAGCUAAAUGUCAGGCUAUGGUUCUGUGUGGAGUGGAACUAGUUUGAUUCUUUUCAGGGCCUCAAGCGAAGCUUCCUUUAAAAGAUACACUGAAUUAGUAUUAGCUACCUUUACAUAGACAACACCACAAAAAUUGCUGAAAUGGGAAAGAGAGCCAGAGAGGGAGAGAACUGUUUUAAUCCUAUCCGUGAUUCUUUUGUGAGGAGUAAGAAAGAUUCCAUUAAAGGUCUCUGACUCACUAAAAUCAGCAGGGGGUGUUUGUUCAGUAUCAACAGUGUAAGUUUCUAUAGAUUUCUCACCAUAUAUUGUAAUCAAAACCAGACUUUUAGAAAAUGUUCUAGAACAAACUAAAUCAAUUGGAAGUUUGCUUAAAUUAUUAUUCCAGUUCUCAUCAUUAAACAAUCUCUUCACAUUUUUCUCAUUAGCCCAUACGUACCACUUAAAAUGGCCAUUUUUACUUGAAUCAAUCUCUUAUUUUGGCCUGAAACUACUGAGAGGGGGCUGACUAAGCCUGCAUUUACUUAGAACAAAAAUGUUAACUGACCAGCUUUAUUAGCUUGUGAUAACAAGGAGUUUACAGUAGUGAAAAGAUGGAAUGUACUAAUUUGAAAAUGGUUUGCAGAUCUCUUGGUUUUAAUAUAGCUACUUAUGAUGCUUUAAAUAUAUUUUGAAAUGAACAAUUCCUUUAAACCCCAUUUUUAAUUGUCCUUCAAAGAGGAUCUGCCUUAUGUAUUCUUUAAAAUACUCCUUAAUUUUAGUACAGCAGAAUUUUUGGUAAAGAGGUACGUUUUGAAGCAGGUUGAUUUAAGAUAUGAAUGUAUUUCAAUUGUUUCUGUUUUGUUGAAAGGGCCUAAUGCAGAUAUCAAGAAACCCACUGUUUGUGCAAUAUUCCAAUAAUAUUUACUAUAUAGAGCAAAUAAGAUACUUGAAAUAAUUCCAAACAGUUGUACUUGGGGGCAGAUGGCCUCUCAGGGUUUCUUCUGGCUUUAUGGCUUCAAAGUCUAAAGCGCGUUUUUUAAAGUAGUAACUUUAGAGGCAGGUACUCCAUGUUAGGGCUGUACUCUAAAAAAAAAAAAAAAAAUCAAAUUAACUGUGAUCUCUUAAAUACUAUUUAACCCUGUGAAAGAGAAAUGC